GAGGGCUUGUUUUCACUCUAAAGAAAGAAAAAACAGAGGAAGUAACAUUGUUUUGAGGAGUUGAGUUAGAAAAGAAAAACAGAGUCGAUACAAAAAUCUCCCAUUACGUCGUGAUUCACGUUGAUGCAAAAUAUAAAAAAGAACAUAGGUUUAAGGACGAUUGCGCUUGAAUUCUCUUUCUAUCAUCAUAUACCAAUGAAUCCAAUUUUCAUUACCACGUGAAACACAACAAUCCUUCCUCUCUUCAAUCAUAGACUUCUAUAAAUAAUUCUGAAUCAGAAAGGAUUGCUAUCAAUUCCAACUUCAAAUUAUCUCAUAGUAUGGAGAAACUGAAACCAAACCUGAUCAGUAUUUUGGAAGUUUCUACGGUGGCUCCACCGCCUGCUUCUCCUUCCUCCCCCACCCAUUUCUCUCUUCCUUUUACCUACUUCGAUGCUCUGUUUUUAAAAAUCCCUCCUACAGAACGAAUCUUCUUCUACUCUUUACCAGACCCGCCAUUGUUCAACUCUAAUUCUCUCCUCACACAUCUCAAGCAUUCCCUUUCUCUUACUCUCCAACACUUCCUCCCUCUCGCCGGAAACCUCGUCUGGCCGCCGGAAUCUCCCAAACCAAUCGUUCGUUACUCCCCUGGCGAUGGCGUUUCCCUCACCGUUGUUGAGACUGAUGCCGACUUUACCCACUUUUCCGGAACUGGAAUCCGUCCUGUGGAAGAGUGCCGCCCCUUUGUCCCGGAAUUGCCGGCAGCGGAUGAUUCUGUUCCGGUUAUGGCUCUGCAGAUCACUCUGUUCCAAAACAGGGGAUUAUCCAUUGGCAUAUCCAAUCACCAUGCUUUCGUUGAUGGGAAAAGCUCGAUUAUGUUCUUGAAAUCGUGGGCUUACAUUUUCAAGCAGACCCUAAACAAACCCGAAUCCUCCAUUGCUCUACCGCCUGAACUAACCCCAUUUUUCGAUCGGUCUAUUAUCAAAGACCCUAAAGGAAUCGACAUGCUCUACAUCGACUACUGGCUAAAAAAGACCAACCCCACCGACCCAUCAAUCAAAAGCCUGAAAUAUUUCCCAAAUUUGGGCGUUCCCCCAGAAAUGGUAAGAGGGACAUUCAAAUUCACACGUACAGACAUCGAAAAUCUCAGAAAAGCAACAACAAAAGAAGACGAAUCAAAACCCUCGAAACCGACCCGAUACUCAUCGUUCGUUCUCGCAUUCGCGUACAUAUCGAUUUGUGCAGUAAAAUCAGCGAGAAUAGAACAGAAGAACAAGAGAGUGUAUCUGGGUUUCUACGCCGAUUGGCGAGCUCGUCUGGAUCCAGCAGUACCGGCGAACUACUUCGGGAACUGCGGCGGAAGCCAUGGGGUUUUUGCGGAAGUGGGAGAACUGGAGGAUGAGGAAAAGGGGUUGGGGAUUGCAUCGAAGAGGAUUGAUGAAGCGAUAAAGGGGUUAGAUGAGAAUGUGACAAAGGGGGCGGAGGAAAGUUUGUCGAAAUGGGAGAAGGUGGAAGAGGGGAUUAAAUUUGUGGGAGUGGUUGGAUCGCCGAGAUUAGGGGUUUACGAGUUGGAUUUCGGGUGGGGAAGACCGGAAAAUGUGAAGAUGGUUUCGAUUGAAAGGACUGGUUCAAUUUCACUGGCGGAUGGAAGAGGUGGAGACGGGAUUGAAGUGAGUUUGGUGCUUUCUCAACCGGAAAUGCUCUGUUUUGCUUCCAUUUUCUCCGAUGGUCUCAAGACUCUUUAACUCUUUAUUUUGUUUGUUUGUUUUAGAACGGUCAAAAUUAGAAAAAUAAAAUAUUUUGUUGUUUGUCUAAA